GGAGAGUGAAAGAACUGAUACUCUCACUGACUCCGUCGCCUGGACAACCAGGCACAGAGGAGGGAGGGAAGAGAGAAAGAGAAAGGCAGAAAGGGAGAAAACAAAAAAAUGAUAGACAAGACUUAUUAAGCAAAUUAAAGAUCUCAUAAAUCUUGUGUAGGAGAGGCUGUGCUGAGGUGCAGUCGCUCUCCCUCGUGCAGCUAGAGUACUAUGAAAAUAAAACGGAUCAACAGAGAAAAUUAAGAGAGCAUCUGGAGAACAAGUUUGAAAUGAAAUUGUUCAGCAUAGGUUUGCAUCCUCAGAAGAGGACCCCAUAGGGCUGCACAUCCCAUCAGUUCAUACCUCUACUCAUCAAGCUCAGGUGCUGCCAUGGACUUAGAAGAUGAGCCGUUGUUAUUCCAGAGCAGCUGGGAUGCUGAGGAGGAAGAGGAACAGGACGAGGAAGAUGGGGAGUCAGAUACACAGAUUAAUGGGGGGAGCAGCACCACUGGAGGCAGCAUAGUGUGGGGGGCGGUGGGCUGGGUCUACACACAGCCCUGGGUGAGUGGGGUGGUCCUGGGAGUUGGAGUCUUUCUUCCCUGUGCCCUCUCUGCCUACAUGUUCCUAUACUGCCCCCCAUUGGACAUAGACCUUUCCUACAGUGCCUUUGAGGUUCACAGCCACUUCUCCGCUGAGCGGUUUGAUGCACUCACCAUUGCCAUAAAGACUCAGUUGGGGUCCUGGGACAGACGAAGGCGUGACGUGAACCACUAUGACUUCACUGCUCUACAGGAGCUGCUGUUGGACAGACUGGGUAGGCAGGGAGAUGAAGCAUCCAACUGGACAUCACACGGAGGGCUGAAUUCGAAAUCUCUGAAAAACCACACGAUCAAAAGAGUAGUUAUGCAACAGAGAGGAGUUGCCCUGAGUCAGCAAGAGACUGAGAGGCAUAUAGAGGCAAGGGCUGGUAAAGCAAAGAUAAGAGAGGAGGAUAAAAAUACAACUAACUUAGGAAAACCUGAGAGUCAUGAGUCCAAAGGGGAAGAGGGCGACAGAGACAGUGAGAGAUCUCGCACUAGGAUGCGCAGGUUUGCUCCCAACUACUCAUACCUGCAGAGCCAAGCCCUGUGGAGGAUGGAGCUGGUGUUUGUAGCUCAGGGUGGGGACGACAACAACAUCUUCACCCCAGAGCGUCUCCGCACCAUCCACCACAUAGAGCACCUGCUCAUGCAGCACCCCCAGUUCCACCAGUUCUGUUGGAAGCCUCUGGAGGUCCUGAGAGACCUGCCCCUGGGCCCCUCCUACUGCUCCCCUCCAAGCUCCCUCCUCUCCUACCUCUUCCCCAGUGAACGGGGAGGCAGGAUCUACUAUGAUGGCAUGGGACCUGACCUGGCUGACAUCCAUGGUGCUCUGAGUCUAGCGAUUACACACCCACAGUUCUAUUGGUAUGUGGAUGAGAGUCUGGCCCCUGACCGGCUCUCCUCCUCUCUUCUGCGCAGUGAGAUCCAAUUCGGAGCUCCGCUGCCCUCAUACUACUCCCUCCAGGACCGGCCCGAGGAGCAGAGGCAGCGCUUCAGGAACUUUGUGGUUCAGUACGCUGACAUCCUGGCUCAGCAGUCCACCAGCCAGGUGAAGGUCCUGUAUGGGGGCACAGAGCUGUUUGAUAACGAGGUGAGACAGACCUUCCACAGAGACAUGUUGCUGGCGCUGAUCAGUGGGGGCUGCAUCACUCUACUGGUAUAUGUCCUCACCUCCUUCUCAGUGUUCCUGACAUUCUUUGGGCUCACUAGCAUUGGUCUGAGCUGCCAGGUGGCUCUCUUCCUCUACCAUGUGGUCUUUGGGGUGAGGUACCUUGGCAUCCUCAAUGGAGUUGCAGCCUUUGUGAUCAUUGGCAUUGGUGUGGAUGAUGUGUUUGUGUUCAUCAGUACCUUCAGACAGGCUUCCCACUUGGUCCACCCGGUGCAGAGGAUGAUGUACACAGUGAAAACUGCUGGCCGAGCCACCUUUCUCACCUCCUUCACCACCGCAGCUGCCUACGCUGCUAACACCUUCUCACAGAUUCCGGCAGUGCAUGACUUUGGCCUGUUCAUGGCCCUCAUAGUCAGCUGCUGCUGGCUCUGGGUGUCCAUCCUCAUGCCCGCUGCCCUGUGUAUCUGGACCCAGUGUGUUGACCCCCAGGAGAACACCUGUCUCAAGUGGUGGAAAGCACUUACAGGACUGUCAGUUAGUCACAGUCCUUUGUCAGAUGAGGAUGAAGAUGUGGCCCUCCUGUCGGUGGAGAUGGAGCCAGGCUCCUGUGACACUGAUGUAGAUGCAGCCAUUUUGUCCCUGUCAGUGGAGACCUCGAUCUCACCCCCAGGGCGGGGGACUGCAGGCGUGGUCAGCACUAACCUUCAGUGGGCUCUGAGGCACUGGGUGGCAGAGCCAGCGGUGGAGAAGCGCAAAGUCAUUCUAGGCAUCUACAUCCUGGUCCUGCUGCUGUCUGCUGGGUGCUGCUGCCUCCUGCGACCGGCUACUCAUGCCCCAUUACUAUUUCGCCCAGACACCAACCUCCAGACUCUACUGGGACUGAGGAACAACCUCAGUGCCCAGGGCAUCUCUUGCCACAUGUGCUCUGGUCUGUUCAUGGAGAAACCACAUCUUCUGCACAGCCCUAACCAUACAACCCCCUCCAUGCCUGGGUUUCACGCUCAGCAACAUACACAGAGCCCUUCAAACUCAACUCUACAAAGCCCAAUCACACCAAGCAUAUCCUCCAUCACAACAGGGCCUCUGUUGACAGUGUAUGUCUCUAAGCUGGAUGUGGGUGCUUCUAUCACUCUGUACCGCUUCUCUCUGAAUACCAGCGUGCCAUCGCCCUGGAAAAGCCUCAGUGCCGGGCAUGGAGAAGUUCCAUCCUUUCAGGCAUACAGUGGGCCUCACAGCAACUUCAGCACCCACAUGACUGUGUGUGUGUCCCGUGUGUACCACCCCCACCCUCGCUGGAUGAUCACUUCCCAGUCAUGUGAUCCACGCCACGGCUGGAGGUCAGAGUUCAGCUUCUAUGUGGCAUCAGCUGAGCAGCAGCACAGCAGGAGGUUGUACUUUGCCCAGCACAAGCUGAGUCCUCAUCCCAGCCGAGUGUGUGCAGAACCACCUGGCUGUGUGAUCAGCUCCGGGCCUGACGGACCCACAAAGGGCUCUUUCUACAUUCCACUCCCCACAGAUUCCACCUCAACCAAAAGGUCCAAGACUUCUGGUUUUAACCCCUGUAGUGGAGGUGGCUGUGGCCAGCCAGCAGUCCGUCCUCUGGUUGACACUGGUGCGAUGGUGUUUGUGGUUUUUGGAAUACUUGGAGUCAACCGCACCCAACGAACAGACAACCACGUCAUUGGGGACAUGGGCAGUGUGAUAUUGGAUCCAAACUUCGAUAUCUUCCAAGAGAUUGGACACCUCUGCCAAAUCUGUAAAGCUAUCAGUGCUAAUAAACAGCUUGUGAAGCCGGGAGGAGCCCAGUGUCUACCGUCAGGCAACAAGCUUUCUUCUAUCCUGCCCUUACUCAACCCAGACUGCCACUCCCUCCCUGAGCCCAACCUUCUGCCAGGCCAGCUGUCCCAUGGGGUCGUGGGGACGCAUGGUGGCAGAGUAAGCUGGCUCUCCAUGGCCUUUGAGUCUACCACCUACAAGGGGAAAUCCUCUUUCCAGACACACUCAGACUUCCUCCAAUGGGAGACCUUCCUACAAGAGCAGCUCUCGACUCUCCCAGAGUCCUCUGCUCUACGGAGAGGUUUCCAGACCUGUGAGCACUGGAAGCAGAUCUUUAUGGAAAUCAUAGGUGUGGAGAGCGCCCUCUGCAGUCUGCUCCUGUCCCUGGCCAUCUGUGUGGCAGCUGUGUCUGUUUUCACUGCCCAUCCGCUUCUGCUACUGCCAAUACUGCUCACCAUCCUGGGGGUCAUCUGUCUGGUGGUGGCCAUCAUGUACUGGCUGGGCUGGGAGUUGGGGGCCGUGGAGGCCAUCUCUCUGUCCAUCCUUGUGGGCUCCUCAGUGGACUACUGCCUGCACCUGGUGGAGGGCUACCUGCUAGCUGGGGAGACCAUACCAGCCACAUCAGGACACACUAUGAGCCUGUCAGCUAAAAGGCAGAGAAGGUCUCUAGAUGCAGUAAACCACGUGGGAGUUGCCAUUGUGUCCAGUGCUGUCACCACCGUGAUUUCCACAGUCCCUCUCUUUUUCUGUGUCAUCGUGCCUUUUGCUAAAUUUGGCCAGAUUGUGGCCAUUAACACAGCAGUGUCCAUCUUGUUUACCCUGACUGUGACUGCAGCCAUGUUGGCCACCAUGGGCCCUGCCAACUUCAACAGGCCUCCUGGUGCCGUGCUGAAGGCCAGCCUGGCAGUACUGGGCACCACAGCCUUUGGCGCUGCCUUGUGCUGGGCAGGAGGGCAACUAGGACCAGUCACCUGGCACACAGCAGUCACCAUGUGACCCCACAAACAUAACUCAACUACUACUGUCACUGUUACCUCUGUAAGCAGAACCAAAAGGCUCGGUCUAAACGUCAGUGUAGUAUUGUUCUAUAAAUGCAGGUGGAAGGUUUCAGAUGUACGUAAAAGCAUCUUGUGGAAGUAGAUAUUUCUUUGUGUGGAUAAUCAUCAUUUUUUCCCAAAAGAACAGAACAUAGUCUGUUGAGAAUAGGUAGUCUGCAGGACAUGCGUUGGUUUCUGUGGAUGCAGCCUACUGCUGAAAGGAGAUGACACAAUGGUAACAAAAUACUGGUUGAGUCCACAUUGUUCUAUUGUCCAUGUUAUUCUGUUCCUGACAGUAAAAUCACUGACUGUUCUCUGACCUCCUGUUGUUAGCACUGACCUCAUCUCUGGCAGUUUGAAACCACACUUUGAAGUCCAAAAAGACAGGAAUUGUACCAUAAACAAAUGCAAGCCAGAAUGUGUCAUGCACUCCCUUAUUCCAGUGAUUUCACUCAUAUCACAUCCCACUGGGUACAUACCUCAGUUCAAUGUCUAGUUUUGAUUUACAUUUGGUUGAAUUGUCAACUAACAUGAAUUCACAACCUGGGCUUGGGCUAGAUGUCACAUAGUACACGUAAAUCCAGGACACUGCAAUUAGUAUGAUAUGUUACGUUUCUUAUGGUAUGUACUAAUUUGUGGAUCUCCAUCAUCCAUUUUGUAUGAUAUGUUACAAAUGCUAAUUCAUAUGAUAUAUUAUGAAUUGCAAUUCGUACAAUAUGUCAAAAAAUAUAUAUAUAAAAAUGUAUGGUGUUACGAAUUUUGUUAUGGCUAGCGUUAGCUAGGUGGCUAUGCUGUGCUGGCUAGGGGUUAAGGUUAGGGUUAAGAGUUAGGUUAAAUGGUUAAGGUUAGGUAACAUAUUAAGUAGUUGCAAAGUUGCUAAUUAGCUCAAAUACUAAAGUUGUUCUUCAUGAAAGUCGAACACACAAGGUUUGGGUUGCUGGACAUUCGCAACCAUACGAAUCCAUGCCAAAAAUAACUACUGUAUCAUACUAAUUUGAGUUUACUAUGUUAUGUCUAGUCUAUCAGACCAGGCUGGAAUUCAAUGUGAAAUCAACAACAACAAAAAAUCACUUUGUCAUUGGGUUUAGGUUAAAUGUUGGUGAAAAAAUGACAACAUUCCCUGACUUUGAUGACUUUUUGCAAAUCCAAUCAAUUAUCCACAUUGAUUCAAUGUCAACACAGACCUUUUGGUUGAAAUGACAUACAAUUUCUCUUCACUUAUAUGAUUUUUCAAAAGAGAAUGUUAAGAGUCAUAAGGUUAUUCACCACAAGGCAGAUAAAUGUACAUUUAGAAGGAUGUAAAAACAUGGAUGAAAGGUACUGCAGCUGUAGGCCUACUCCAAGAAUUAACAUGGGUAAUGAGGAAAUUAUUUUUUUUAAUUCCCCCAAAGUUGGUACAAUAUGCAAUUCCACAAAAUACAAACAGGUUGUCGCAUGGAAGCCUUUUAGCCUAGCAUAUUUACUUCAAACAAAGUCGCCAUAAAUGCAAAGCGAACGCAUAAUUAACACUGCCGGACUGCACAAGUGAGCCGAAUGCAGGUAAUAACCAUCAGGAAAACCUUACAGUAGGCUAUAGCCUAGAAAUGAACAAGAGCCUCCCUGGGCUGCUCUUAAACCUGUCAUUGUGAAUCUUCAGACAGGCACGAAUUUGACAGGCCUAUGCACAAUUCACUAGGCAGCUCUGUCACAGACACAAUUCAGAGGCUAUUCUAGAGCCUUGGCUAUUUUCAUAUCCAGUCCCAAUACCACCGAAACGCCAAAUCCUGACUCCUGUAUCGCAUGAAAAUUCCUAACUUUAUUCUGUAAUCCAUAUGUUGCAUUAUUUGGGCUCCCGAAUGGCGCAGCUGUCUAAGGCGCUGCAUCUCGGUGCCAGAUGCGUCACUAUAGUCCUUAAUUCGAAUCCAGGCUGUAUUACAACCAGCCAUGAUUGGUAGUCCCAUUGGGCGGCGUACAAUCGACCCCGUGUCGUCUGGGUUUGACCGUAAUUGUAAAUAAGAAUUUGUUCUUAAACUGACUUGCCUAGUUAAAUAAAAAGUUAAAUAAAAAAUAAAAUAAUGAUCAAGGCACGUCUCACCUAUGCAUGGCAAAAUACCUCUAACAUUUCUCCAUCUUCUCUGCGCAGUCUGGUAUUUGCCCAUAAUCAGAGUUUUGGUAGAGAUUGUGUGAUCAAAAAACGGUAUGCGAGUAGAUAUUCAUGUUUUUGAAAGAGUUGGUCCCUGUUAAGAUAGUCUACCUUGAUAUUUAAACUAUUUCCACUCUUUAUCUCCCCAUUAUUUAUGAGCUGAUCUGCUAUCUGUAUCCCAUAAUCAUCUCCUAUAUUUGGACAAAUCUAGUUGAUCGGAGUGCGCUCUGUCUCGAGAUAUCCUACUGCUGAAAUGCACUGGCGAUCAAAGAUCAUAUUAUUGCUGAAUAUGUUUCAUUUUAUCUGAUAUCUGUACAUAUUGGCGCAUGCAGCCAAGUGAUGAGGUGGCACAGCGACCUUCUUAUUUGGGGAGAACCCUGGAAUUAGGGACCAUAUCUUGGUUUUAAACGCUUUAAAUGCAUUUCCGAUUUUUGCUGUAUGGGACUAUCGAGAUAAAUAUGAAUCCCUACUGUACUCUGACUCUUGUCCGUUUUAUAUAUGUGCAUUUUAGAUGUAGUGUGAGAUGUAACUUAAUGUGUAAGUAUCUAUGCUGCUAACACAUUUGGAAAGUGAUUCCUUGUAUCUUGAGACUACUAACACACUAAGUGCUGCAACAUAUUGUGCAAAUAGAGCAGUGAUUUGAGGAGCACCUUGGAGGAAAGGAAAUUGCAAUUCCACGAACAAUGCCACAGCCAGGAGUAAUUCAACUUCAACAGCAGACAAGGACAUUAAGGAGAAGCCACACCUACCUGAACAAAAUGCAACAACAAGAAAUGCUAACCUGUCAUUAUGGUUCAAAUGUACUGUACAUUUCUCUCCGAGGUAUGUACUGUACAUUUCUCUGAGGUAUGCACUGUACAUUUCUCUCUGAGGUAAGAGGUACCCUAUCUUCCUGCACUGCAGAUUGUAAAUGGGAAAAUUGUAAACAUAGACAAAUGUGAGUUAUGUUCUGUGGUGAAGGUUUCUCUCUUCUAUGG